AUGCGUUGCAUCCAAAAUGUCUUCGUUGAAACUGUGGCAUCUGCAAAGGAGAAGAGACGGGUGAAAGCCAAUAAUCGUGACUAUAACGAAAAAUUUCAAUAUGCCAACAAUUGUAUCCGAACAACCAAGUACAACCUUCUUACUUUUUUGCCUAUGAACUUGUUUGAGCAGUUCAAGCGGGUUGCAAAUGCCUAUUUUGUUUUCCUCCUGAUUUUACAGUUGAUUCCAGAUGUAUCUUCCUUAUCAUGGUUUACUACCAUUGUUCCUUUAGUGCUGGUUUUAACCAUUACAGCUGUCAAAGAUGCCACAGAUGACUAUUUUCGUCAUAAGAGUGACAACCAGGUGAACAAUCGGUUGGCUAAACUACUCACUGAUGGCAAAUUACAGAAUGAAAAAUGGAUGAAUGUGAGGGCUGGAGACAUCAUUAAACUGGAAAAUAACCAGUUCGUGGUUGCUGAUAUGUUACUCCUUUCUAGCAGUGAACCACAUGGCCUAUGUUAUAUUGAGACUGCUGAACUUGAUGGCGAAACAAACCUAAAGGUACGGCAGGCUUUACCCAUCACCUCAGAACUUGGAGCUGACAUUAGCAGGCUUGGAAACUUUGAUGGAGAAGUUGAGUGCGAAACUCCUAAUGGGAAACUGAAUAGAUUUGUGGGAGUUCUUUCAUGGGAUGAUAACAAACACUGUCUUAAUAAUGAAAAGAUGCUGCUUCGUGGUUGUGUGUUAAGAAACACUGACUGGUGUUUUGGAAUGGUGAUUUUUGCUGGCCCGGACACUAAAUUAAUGCAGAACAGUGGCAAAACUAAAUUUAAGCGAACAAGCAUUGAUCGGCUGAUGAAUACUUUAGUUGUGUGGAUCUUUGGACUGUUGGUAUUCAUGGGGAUCAUUCUUGCAGUAGGAAAUUCAGUUUGGGAGCAUCAGGUUGGAAUCCAUUUCAGAAUUUACCUGUCUUGGAGUGAAGUGGUGAACAGUUCUGUAUUUUCAGGAUUUCAGACAUUUUGGUCAUACAUUAUCAUACUCAAUUCAGUGGUUCCCAUUUCCUUAUAUGUAAGCGUGGAAGUGAUUCGACUUGGACAUAGCUACUUUGUCAACUGGGAUCAUAAAAUGCAUUAUUCCAAAGAAAAUACACCUGCUGAAGUUCGGACUACAACUCUCAGUGAAGAACUGGGACAAAUUGAAUACAUUUUUUCAGACAAAACAGGGACACUUACUCAAAACAUUAUGACUUUUAAUAAGUGCUCAAUUAAUGGGAAAAUAUAUGGUGAGAUUUAUGAUGACCUGGGCCGGAAAACAAUAAUUAGUGAGAAAACAGUCCCAGUGGAUUUCUCAUUCAAUCCAUUAGCAGACAGCAGAUUCCACUUUUAUGACCACAGCCUGGUUGAAUCCAUUCAAUUAGGAAACCCUGAAGUCCACGAAUUCUUUAGGCUGCUUUCUCUCUGCCAUACAGUCAUGCCGGAAGAGAUGAACCAAGAUGAAUUGAUUUACCAAGCACAAUCGCCAGAUGAAGGUGCUCUUGUAACUGCGGCUAGAAACUUUGGGUUUGUCUUCAAGUCUCGGACUCCUGAGACCAUCACAGUAGAAGAAAUGGGCAAACUUGUGACUUACCAGCUGUUGGCAAUCUUGGACUUCAACAAUGACAGGAAAAGAAUGUCUGUGAUAGUUCAAAAACCUGAUGGACAGAUAAGACUUUAUUCUAAGGGAGCAGAUACUAUUUUAUUUGAAAGGCUUCAUCCUUCUAGUAAAGCGCUAAUGUCUUUAACAUCAGACCAUCUUGUGGAGUUCGCUGGAGAAGGCCUUCGAACUUUAGCUCUGGCAUACAAAAAUGUGAAUGAAGAGCAAUUCCAGGAGUGGUUUGAAGUUUAUCAGAAGGCAAACGCUUCGCAAGAUAGCCGGGAGGAACAGCUUAACUCAGUAUAUGAAGAGAUCGAAAGAGACCUGAAGUUAUUGGGUGCCACAGCUAUACAAGACAAAUUACAAGAAGGAGUUUCAGAAACCAUUGCUAGCUUAUCAUUAGCCAACAUUAAGAUCUGGGUACUAACAGGUGACAAGCAAGAAACUGCUAUGAACAUUGGUUAUGCCUGUCAGAUGCUCACAGAUGCCAUGGGUGAGAUUUUCAUUGCAGCUGGUCACACGAAAAAUGAAGUACGGGAAGAACUUAGGAAGAUAAAAGAUCAUAUGUUUGGAUUAAGCAGGGACAUUCCCGGUGGACAUGCUUAUGAUGAAAAACUCCAAGACUCAGGACAGCACUUUGAAGAAGCCGUCACCAGUGAUUUUGCAUUAGUAAUAAAUGGACAUAGCCUUGUUCAUUCCCUUGAGGCUGAUCUGGAAGAUGAUUUUGUGGCAGUUGCUUGUGCCUGUAAAACCGUGAUCUGUUGCUGGGUCACUCCCUUGCAGAAAUCCCAGAUGGUGGAGCUGAUUAAGAAGCACAGGAAAGCCAUUACUUUGGCCAUAGGAGAUGGGGCUAAUGAUAUUGGAAUGAUCAAAAGUGCCCACAUAGGUGUUGGCAUCCGUGGCAAAGAAGGCAGCCAAGCUAUUUUGAACAGCGAUUACUCUUUUGCACAGUUCAGAUACCUUCAGAGGCUCUUGCUUGUUCAUGGCAGAUGGUCCUACUUUCGAAUGUGCAAGUUCUUGUGUUAUUUCUUCUACAAAAACGUUGCCUUCACUCUGGUGCACUUCUGGUUUGGUUUCUUCUGCGGCUUUUCAGCCCAGACCGUUUAUGAACAGUGGUUUGUCACCCUCUUCAACAUUGUAUAUACUUCACUGCCUGUACUAGCUAUGGGACUGUUUGAUCAGGAUGUGGAUGAACAGAACUGCCUCAAUUUUCCAAAGCUGUACGAACCUGGGCAGUUAAACCUCCUGUUCAACAAGCACAGAUUUUUCAUCUGCAUAGCACAUGGAAUCUACACUUCGGUUGUUCUUUUCUUCAUUCCCUAUGGUGCAUUUUACGAUGCAGCUGGAGAAGAUGGGAACCAUAUUGCUGACUACCAGUCUUUUGCAGUCACCAUUGCAACAUCUUUGAUCAUAGUAGUCAGUGUUCAGGUUGCCUUGGAUACCAGUUACUGGACACACAUCAAUCAUUUCUUCAUCUGGGGUAGCAUCGCUGUGUAUUUCGCAAUCUUAUUUAUGAUGCAUAGUAAUAGCAUGUUUUAUUUCUUUCCAAACCACUUCCCUUUUGUAGGAAAUGCUUGGAGCUCUCUGGGCCAGAUAAAUGUUUGGCUUGUCAUCCUCUUGACUACUGUGAUUUCGGUCAUGCCUGUGAUAACGUUCCAUUUUAUCAAGCUGGAUUUAAACCCAACACUGAGUGAUCAGGUACGGAUCUUGCACAGGGCUAGAAAGAAGCAGAGGCCAAUUCAGAUGCAUUUGCGUCAAAUGCACAGAGGGAGCUCGCGGAGAUCGGCUUACGCUUUUGCUCAUCAAGAGGGCUAUGGCGAACUCAUAACAUCUGGAAAGAAUAUGCGUGUCAAUAAUUUGCAUCCAGUAUUGGGAUAGGAAAAGCUAUGCAGAAUAGCUGAAUUGAGAAC